AUGGCCGCGAGGAGCACGAAGGCUGUUGCUGUCGUUUCCGGACGCCAGUUCAGCCAGGUGGCCGCCAGAUGUGACGCGGAGGCCGGCAAGCCAGCCAAAACCUACAAGAAGUUCGAAGAAAUCCGAAGCGAGCAUGAUCUCUACGGACCUGGCGUUGAGGCUGGCAAGUUCCCCACCGAUAUCGAACAGUCCACCGGUCUGGAGCGAUUGGAGGUUCUUGGAAAGAUGGAGGGCGUGGAUAUCUUCGAUAUGACGCCGUUGGACGCAAGCCGACUGGGCACGAUGGAGGACCCGAUCACCGUCAACUCGUUCGGCGACGAGCAGUAUGCUGGGUGCACUGGGUUCCCUGUUGACUCUCACGGUGUGAAGUGGCUCGUCAUCUCCCGCGAACGCCCGAUCGAGCGCUGCCCCGAAUGCGGGAGCGUCUACAAGAUGAACUAUCUCGGACCCACGGAAGACGAGCAUGCCCACCAUGAUGAGCACGGCCAUGACGACCACCACCACGCCGUUGCUGAGGAUCCCAAGACCUUUGCAGACUUUGUCAAGCCCGAUUACCGGUGGACAUAG